AUGGUCACUAUACACACCGAUCACGAUGAAUUGAGUAACGAGCAAUUUGUGGAAUUACGCACCAAAUGUCUUGAUGCCCGGAAUCUCUCGUAUUCUCCCUAUUCCAAGUUUCGAGUUGGUUGCACCUUAAUUACCCAAUCGGGGCAAUAUGUGUCGGGAGCUAAUGUUGAGAAUGCUUCAUAUGGAGCAUGUAUUUGUGCUGAAAGAACUACUAUAACUAAGGCAUUAAUGGAAGGUCAUCGGCAAAUGAAAGUUAUUGCUAUAUCCAGUGAUGAUGAGCUGCCAAUAUCUCCGUGCGGAAUAUGCCGACAAUUCAUUAGAGAAUUCGGAUUAGAUAUACCUAUCUACAUGUUUGGAGCUUCUGGUAAAUAUAUCAAAGUAUUCCUUAAGGAUCUCUUGCCGCUAAGUUUCGGACCGGAGAAUCUUGGAAAACAACCUAUCAGCUAG